CGCCCCGGCGACGCUGUCUGCUGCCCAGGACCGGCACUCGCACUCGCUCCCCGCCCGGCGCACCCAGGCUCUCGGAGCGCCAUGGAGGUUUUACUGGGCAGCUCGCCGCGUCCCUUGGCCGAGGAGUCGCGCCAGAUGUGGGACCUCAACAAGCGCCUGGAAGCCUACCUGGCCCGCGUGAAGCGCCUGGAGGAGGAGAACGAGGGGCUGAAGGGCCAGCUCCAGGAGCUGCGGCGGGCCGGGCCGGCGGCGGACGCGGGCACGGCGGGCUCCUGGCGGGCCGGCUGUGAGAAGGAAGUGGCCGCCCUGCGGGCCGCCCUGGGCCAGGCCUCCCGGGAGAAGUGCUCGGCGGAGCUGGCCUGCGACGCCCUGCGCGAGGAAGCGCGGCGGGCGGCGGGCCGGUGCCAGAAGGAGCGGGCGGCCCGCGAAGAGGCCCGGCGGCUUCUCGCGCGCGGCCGGCAGGAGCUGGAGGAGGAGCGGCGCGCUCAGCUGUGGCUGCGGGAGAAGGCCGCCCAGGUGGAGCGGGAGCUGGAGGCGCUGGCCCAGAGCCACCGCCAGGAGGCGGCCGGGCUGGUGCGGGAGGCGGCGGCGGCGGCCACCGGCUCCUCGGGGAAUCUGGAGCGCGCCCGGGCCGGGCCGCCGCCGCUGCCGGGAACCUGCGCCUUCCCGCCGGUGGAGGUGGAGGACUACGCCCAGCGGCUGGCCGGCAUCUGGCGGGGGGCGGUGGAGACCUACAAGGCGGAGGUCUGCCGGCUGGAGGCCGCCUUGGGCGAGGCCACGGAGGAGCUCUGGAAGGCCACCGACGGCACCCGCCAGAGCCGGCUCCGGCUGCAGCAGCUCGAGCAGGAGCUGUCCGGCCUGAAGGUCCGCAAGGAGGUCCUGGAGGAGAGCCUCGCCCAGCAGUGGCAGCAGCAGCAUGGCGAGGCCGGCGAGCUGCAGCUGGCCAUCCAGUCCCUGGAGGAAGAGAAGCAGUCCCUGCGGGCCCACAUCGCUCAGGUCCUGGAAGACCGGCAGCAGCUGAUGCACCUGAAGAUGCACCUCAGCCUGGAAGUGGCCACGUACAGGACCCUUCUGGAGGCUGAGAGUACACGGCUGCAGAUUCCAGCUACAGGCUUCCAGCUGGCCAACAGCCUCCGAGAUGGGAAACUGGAGUCAAGUCAUAGUGGCCUCCAAGGCUUGUCUCUCGACAGAGGGCACCUGGGCUCCCGAGAUCACCGGCCAGGCCCCUCCACCACCUUCCUGAUGGCAAACACAAAGCCUCAGCUGCCCAGGAACCAAAACGAGUCCUUCACAAUGAACCACGUUUCCUCUGUGCUCCCCAAGAGUAGCAGCCCGGUAGCCAGGGAGUUCCAGAAGGCCAAUAGCAUCCUCCAGUCCCAGCCCACAAAAGGGUUUGAUGCAGUGCUGCCUCCGAAGGAUGCCCCAGUUUCCCUUGACUCUGCUGCCUUUAAGGAGGGCCCAGCCCAGCAAAGCAAGGUGGUAUUGGCUACCCAAACUGAAACGAUUUUCCAGGCGCUCUUGCAUGAGUCGCCCCCGCCUUUCAACUCUGUUGUUCCUGCCAUCUUGGAAGAAUCCAACUCAGACACCGAGCAAAGAUUCCAGACGAAAGGAGAAAGCAGCAGUGGGUGUGCGACUGAAGUGGAAGCAAGAGAGGGGGGAGGACUCGGUGAGCAGGAGGAGGAGGGAGAUGGGAAGCAGCUCACCAAAGAACCACCAGGGGAGACCAGGCCCCAAAACGUGCCUUACCCCAGCCAGCUGGUCACAGAAGCUUUAGAGAUUGCACUCAAAGAAGUCAAUGGGGGAGACGUCCACCUCGAAACCAGCUUGCUCAAUGUGGAUGAAUCCCAAAACAGCCUUCCUUCCGAUGGCUCUCCCCCCAUGGAAGAGGAAAGUGAAACAGCUCCUCCUCUAAGCGACAAAUUGUUUGAGGAAGCCGCAGAGGAAGUGCACAAAGAGCAAGUGAGAAGCACUCAGCCAGUGACAGACCAAGGCUUUGAAGACUCUGCGGAGGUGAAUGGUGGCCACGAGGCCUGGGCUCAGGGUCACGAAGAAGAGGCAGAGGUUUGGGUGCCUCAGGAUGUGAAGCCCACCACUCUGCAAGAAACAGAAUUGCUUGAGAAAGAGAGGGAGGCCGGGGAAAUUGCAGGCGGCAUUCCAGCCACUGGGGGAAUCGAGAGCUACAGAGAAGCAAGACCUCUCAAAGAGAAUGAGGAUGAGGGCGACAAGGAGCCACCAACGUUAUGGCACAUGGAGCAGAGGGGCCAUGACUCAGAGGAGGCCUCUGCAUGCACAGAAGCAGCCUGUCCCCUGGGCAAAGACAUGCCUGCCGUUGGGAGGGAGGGCUGGGAUCCUGGCACCAGCCAUCACGAUGACCAUGCAGCUGCCACAGGAGGGGAUGUGGAAGAGGCAGGGGGAGGGGGAGAAGACCUGAAGGCGGUGCGCACCGAAGCCCUGCACCUGUCAGAGGACGAGGAAAGGAGGGACCUGUGGAGCCCUUCCAGGGAGAAUGAAGAUGAAGUCUUGCAGCAGGCAGAGGUGCUGGGAAAUGAGAGUCUGCAGGCAGAAGGGCUUGCCUCUGAAAAUGCACCACCAAUAACCCAUGACACUUUGCCUGCAGAAAGUUGCCAAGAGCGCCUCUUUCUUCAGGUUGAGCAGGAACAGCUUCAGGUGCCAGAAGGCCUGUUUGACCAGACAGAGUCUGCCUUGCUGGAGGAAGAAGUGAAGGAGGUGAUCCUGGAACCAGAGGCCUUCAGGGCGGAAGAGGCCAUCUCAGCAGAAGGAAAGUCAGUAAGGGAGGAAGCAGGCAACUUGGCAGAUGAGCCCAGGAUGGUGGAAAGCAGGGAUGCCAAGAGAAGCAAUGGAGGGGAGGCAGGAGAGGAUGUUUUUGGACCCACAGCUCUCCCCGAAGGAGAGAAUGGUUUAAGGAAUAAAGACACAACAGAGAAGGAAGGGGUCUCCGAGGUGGAGACGGUGGGCUCCCAAGAGGGCCCCUGCGAGGCAGAUGCUGCCUUGCAAUAUGAAGAUGUUCUGGGGCAAGAGGACUCUAGAGGAGGAGCUACAGAAGUGGUGGGAGCAACAUCUGAGGAACAACAGCUGACAGAGAAGAAGGUGGAUGGAGGAGGAGGAGGAGGAGAAGCAGAGGAGAUCCCAGUGGCUACUCCUGAGGCUAAUGGGGUCAUUCUGAAAGGGGAUUUGGCGAUGGGCCCAAAAGCAACAGAAGCCAACAGUGAGGAGAUAGCAGGCAUUUCACAGGUAGGAGAAAUGGCCAGCCACGUCGAUACAAAUAACUUGCAGGGUGAAGAGAGCCCUCAGGGGUCCCCUACAGCCAAACAGUUUGAGGAUGAUGCACAGACAGCAGCAGAUGAGCAAAUUGUUGCUGGAAUGGAAGAUGUUCUCCAAAGCCAGCAGGUAACACACCUUGGAGAGAGCCUGGCCCAUGGUGACGUUGACAAAGAGUUGGAGUCUUCCCCCGACGUGCAGAGUGGCAACAACCAGGGCAAUGCUGGCUACUGUCAGUCACAAAGUGAGUAUUUGGGUUCUGAGGAUUCCCUCGAGUCUUUAGACACCUCCCCAAAUGCCAGCUGUGAAAACAACAGCAUUGAGAAGGCCCUGGAAACCAGCAAGCAAAUUCUGCUGGAGGAAACAUUGCCAGAUCACACACCCUUGCAUAUGUAUGAUGGGCAGAUAACCGCUGCCUCUGGGGGGUCCCAGCAAACAUUUCCAGAGAGCCGAGAAACUGCAGACUUGCCUCUUUUGACCAAAGACAGUUCUGCCUCAUUAGAGGAUAUGGAGCAACCCACAGCGGAGGAAGGGGGUCUGAGCAGCUCCCUAACAGAAGAGGAAGAAGAGGGUGCAGAAGAGGGAAGAGGGUGCAGCACAGAGAUUGCCCCCGGCCAAGACUCAGAGGAGACCCCAGUGGCAAAAGAUUUAGAGGACACUAUGACGGAAACGUCAGAUCUCGUCAGAGAUUAUGAAAGCCUGCAUGCAUCAGGCCUUGGGGUGCCAAGGGAGGACGUGGAUACUGCAAAGGCUCUUGUGCAGUCUGAUGUGAGAUCUGGCAACAGGCCCACUGGGGAGACCUCCCAGCAAGGAGGUGUUGUGGAGGAAGAGCAUGAAUUUAUAGGGCGGCUCCACACGGAAGAACUUGGCACAGAUUUUGCUUCCGGCCCAGAAAAGGACAGUGUUUUCCAAGCAGAUCAGUUUGAUCCCAGCAACACUGAGGAAAGUGCCUUUGUGGAAGAGGAUGGCCCAUGGGAACUUGGCGACCAAGAAAAUGUAGACCCUGAAUUCACUCAUAAGGUUUCUCCUUUGACCAGCGUUGCUGACUUGGGAGAAAUUGUCUUGGAAGGAGAGGUGUCUCCAGAUGCCCAGGGAGGCCUUGCAGAGGCUGACAUUUUGGCGUACUGUGAGGAUGAAAGUUCCCCAUAUGCCCAUCAAAUCUCUGACCUAGAAACCUGUGGAAGGGAGGAGCCCACCCCACAGGAAGACUUGGCUGAGGUUGACCCAUGUGGAGAGGGUUUCCCAGAUCUUUCGCCAGAGGCAGCUGUGAGUAUUUCGACAGACAGCAUGAAAGAUGCUGAUAUCCUGGAAAUUGUAGAACAAGCCCUGGAGUUUAACCAAGAGUUGAUCAAGGCAGCUGAGCCGUGUGCUGUUGAGGCUGAACUGCUGGCAACAGGAGGAGAGGAACAUCCUUCCCAAGGAGAAGAGAAUCAAUGUGUACCAGUUGCAUUGUCUGAUGUCGAUGAAUCCCAGAGUUCCACGGAUGCUCCAGGAAUCUCCUCCCCCAGUGCCAAAGACCCAAAAGGAUCCAGUCACCUGUGGGUUGAAAGUAGUACAAAUGGGCUACAGCAAGACCCUAGCAUAGCAGAUUUCACUGAGGAGAUACUGAACGGCAUUGGGAUCCUCCAACCUGGCGAUAUGGAGUAUGAUGGUGGCAGCUCCGGUGAAGAAUUCGUGAAGACAGUUACUAUUGCCCAGCAGCUCCACAGAGAGGAGGUGGAUGAACUCUCCACAGCAGAGGUGGCAAACCAGAGUACACCUCAAACACUGCCCUAUGAAGAGACACCAAGAACUGAAGAAGUCAAUUCUGAAGUUCAUGAGAAGGCUUUGCUGGACUGCAGCAAAGGGUUGGAGGACCUGGAUCCUAGCGAGACCAUAUUUGCUGACAUAAUGCAGACUGCUUGUGUGAAAGGGGGGAAAGAUGCUGAUCCUCGAGCAAUUUCCAUCCCACCACAUUUUGGAGAUGAAGUUCUCCGCCUGGAGAAGAGCCAACACCUGAAGCUCUGGCCAGAAGAUGAGGAAGAACUGUGGUCUUCAGAAGACAACUGAAAAAUAUUGUAUCAUCCCAACAGCUAACUCUUGCUAGAGGCAAACAAGAUCACUAGUGGACAAUGGGGUCACUUUUUAAAAAACCUCCACCUUUCUUAUUUUAUUUUUCUAGAUACCAUCCUACCAUUUAAUUUUUUAAAACAUAGGCAGUCAAACUGACAAUCAAAACUUUGAUUAGAUAGGGUUUUUGUACCCCUUUUUCACUUUACAGUAGCAAUUUUUAAAUAGGACAACAGCAUGUUUAAGUGAGCAUUCAACUCCAGUGCCUUAUAGGGGAGUAGUAAAGAUAGCAUGAUAGCAGGGGGGGGGCUUUAAUAAUUUUAGGUCUUCAUAUUCCCCUUAAGUAUGCCCAUCUGUUUGGGAGAGCAAACAGUCAGAAGUCUCCGGAUGCCUGUGAGGAAAAUCUGUCAAUUAGUGCUGACCCAAUUUCCUUUAUGUUAACACCCAGGGCAUGGUACACGGGCACCCUAAAUCUCUGAACUCUCAGUCUACCCUAAGUUACAUUGCAAAAUAAUAAUAAUAAUAAUAAUACAUCCCAUUUUUAAUAUUUUGUGGCUGACACAGCAAUUUUUAAGGCUGCUGCAGAAGACCUAUCCCCAUGGAUCAAGGACUGCAUAAUUUGUUUUCCUUUUGCUCCUGUAGCCUAAACAAUACACAGUUGUGCACAGAUUGUCAUUAUCCUGGAUUAAUAGGAACACAAAAAAUGAUGGCAGCUACAGAUAUAUCCGGGUCUGUAGUGGGGCAUAGCCUUGCAGCAGAGGCAAAAGAGAGUCUGUGUGUCCCCAUUUCCCUAAUUGCAGCCAUUUCUUCAAGUCCCAUAACAGUUAAAGGAGGUGCUGAUAUUGACUAGACCAGCUAAGGAGUGGUUUCGGGUCUAGUCAAUUUCAUGCCUGAAGGAAAAGCAGGUAUGCCAGCCCCACAGGUUGGCUGUUUCUUCAGGGAGCACAAAAGGGAUAGAUCUGAACAGGGAGUUAUUGGGAUUUGGUCUCAGAGUGACUCUGGAGGAAGUCUGAUGAAAGACCACAGCAACAAUGUGAAUUAAUGAGUUUACUUUCCUUAUAUCUCCCUCUUAGCCUACUCUUCCUGCGAUUUUUCAGACCUCAUAAUCCACUACUUGUGUGUCUGUGUGUAUGUGUGUGUGUGUGCAUGUGACCACAUGCAUUUUUACUAUAACAACAACAUUGUGUAGCCCCCGCACAACAAUUCCAGGGGUUUUGUGUGUUUUGUUUUUAAGAGAGGGGGGGAAAGAUGUUUAAAUGCCUGGUACGCUGCUCCUAAAUAUUUCUGCUGGUGUACCUGUUGGGAAAGUGAGUUGAAAUGUCUGUCCUCGUGGCUUAGGACUUGACCCUCACUGCAAGUGCUGGGAAGACAGCCCACUGACCGGCAGGUUUCCCUGCUGAAGCUCCUGGGGACAGUGGGAACGAGGACUGCAGGGAGGAAGCCAGGGGAGACCUCACAGCUGCCAAGUGGCAUCCCGUGACACUCUGAGAAGUGCCUUCUGCAUGCCACAUGAGUCAAGGGCUGGCUGAUCUGUAACAAAAGCCUUUAGCAACUGCAGAGGCUCUUUCUCUCCCUGAGGUAGAGAUACCUGCAGCACGCUGUCCAAGCGCCUGCUCUCCAUGCUGAAGGCCCCAGGUUCAAUUCCUGAAGGCAUCUUUAGGUAGGGCUGGGAGAGACCCCUCCCUGAAACCCAUGAGAGCGGCUGCCAAUCAGUGCAGGCAAUGCGGACAGUCCAUCUGAGCUAGAGGAGCCAAGGGUCUGAGUGUAAGGCGGCUUCCUGUCUCCUGGCAUCCCUGCCGUCUGACAUGAUGCUGCGCUGGGAUCCAAUGGUUUAUGAGGCUGGGGUGGACCGCAGGACCGAGGGAUGGGCAGAGGACAGAGCUGGCCGAAGGCAUCCAGCUCUGCCAUGCGAGCAGAGAGAGGCGCACCCACCAUCCUCAGUGGCAUUGCAAAAGAUCCUGGGAAGCUCCUCUCGGGUCAAAUGGUGCUUCUUUCUUGGUGCCCCUCCAAAGACUGGUGCCAGACAAACCACCGUGGUUGGUGAUCUGGCCCAAAAGAGAGGCUUCAAAUGGGGGAAGUCAAAUUCCUCAGCUGGUUUGUCUCCACUACCAUUAGGGAGGGCCUUCCCCAACCAGGUGCCUUCCAGAUGUUGCUGGACAGACUACAACUAUCACCAUCAUCAUUGUCGUCGCUGAGCACUGGCUGUCCUAGCUGCUCAGGGCAACUGGUAGUCCAGUAACAUCUGUAGUGCACCAGGUUGGCUGUAGUGCAGCCACUUUGGGGCUCUAUUUGCCAUAUGGGCAUAGGGCUCAGUUUUCCUGUGCAUAGUUGGCGGAGCUCUUUUUCCACCUGUGAAAGGAAGGAGGAAAUAACUGUUCAUAAGAAGCAUUUUGUGGCUGCAAGAAGAAACUUUGGUGCGAAUUCAACAUCUAAGAAACAAAUCUGCAGCACUCUGGCCCCUUAAUUUCAAAUGCGAGGACCCAUAGGCAGGCCUUAUGAUGGAGAGUUUUGUCUUCUAACUGCAAGAAGCCAGCGUUGAAAUGUGGCUUUUCAGUUGCAAAAAUCUAGGCUGAGGACUGGAAACAAAAUGGAACUUGGGGCUUUGGGCAGCCAAAUGUGGGUUUUGCUGCAAAUAUGGCAAAUGUCUCCCAAGUGCAGAUUUUAUUGUGGUCUUUAGACCCUACUUUGAGGUUUGCGACAGGGGUGUUUGCCAUAGAACAGAGAAGGCAGAGUCACCCAAAUGGCAGGUGGUAGCUGGGGGGUGGGGUUGGUUGGUUUGAAAGCUGCAAGUUGUUGUGAAAGGAUAACAGGUGGAGGGUUUCAUUGUUUUCCUGAACUUGAUGUGUGGGACUUUAAAACUCUGCCGCAGUGCCUCCUGCCACAGUAGGAUGAACCACCUGAUGCCUGCAACUGUUUCUCUUUUAUAAGCUAAUAAAAGCCAUUCACUUCCCACCACGUACAAA